AUGAGGAUUGUCCUGCUGGGAAAAACUGGAGCUGGGAAGAGUGCAACAGGAAACACAGUCUUAGGGAGAAAUACAUUUAAUGCUGAUGUAUCACACGAGUCCGUUACUAAAGAGUGUCAGAGAGAAACAGCUGAAGUUAACAGCAGACGCAUCACUGUGAUUGAUACUCCAGGACUGUUUGAUACUGAACUGAGUCAAGAAGAAAUACAGAGAGAAAUGACCAACUGUAUCUCAAUGAUACUGCCAGGACCUCAUGUGUUUAUUAUUGUACUGAGUUUAGCUCAACGAUUCACAAAAGAAGAGGAAGAAGCAGUGAAGAUCAUUCAAGAGAUGUUUGGUGAAAACUCUUUAAUGUACACCAUGAUACUCUUCACCAGAGGAGAUAAUCUGAAGAAUAAAACCAUUGAAGAGUUUUUAGGAAACUCAAAAUCUGCCUUAAAUAACCUCAUUGAACAGUGUGGAAACAGAUAUCAUGUGUUUAAUAAUACUGAGACUGAAGAUCACACACAAGUUUCUGCUUUACUGGAGAAAAUAGACGACAUGGUGAAAGCAAAUGGAGAGAGUUACUACUCAUCUAAAAUAUUCGGAGAAAUGGAGCGAGAAAAACAUGAGAAAGAAAUAAAGAUGCUGAUGGAGAGAAUAGAACAGCUAAGCAGAGAGAAAGAAGAGGAGAGAGAGAGAAUGAAGAAGAUGAUGGAGGAAGAAAGACAGAAACAUGAGGAAGAGAGACAGAAAAGAGAUGAUGAUUUUAUAGAGAAAGAAGAAAGAUAUAAAAAUGAAAUGAAGGAGCAAGAAAAACAACUGCGAGAUGAGAUAAAAAGAGAACGAGAGACAUUAAAAAAUGAAAUUGAGGAAAUAAAGAAAGAAAACAAAAAAGAGAGAAAGAAAAGAGAAGAUGAGUUUAGAGAGACAGAAGAAAGAUAUAAAAGAGAAAUGAAGGAGCAGAUGGAGGACAAGAUGAAAAGAGAACAGCAGUGUCAAGAUGAACUUAUGAGAGUAAAAACAGAAGAGUAUGAAGAGGACAAAAGAAGAGAAAUAGAGAGAAUUAAAAUAUGCUGCUAUCAAACAGACUCAUAUCAUCUGAUAAUUGAACCAAAGAUCCGCAAACAGCUGGAAAAACUCUUUAGUAGAUUAAAUUUAACAAACAGACAUCAAGAUAAAUUGAUAACAGAAGAUUUUCUUAAAAUCUCAAAGUCUUCAUUUCAGUCCCAAAAGCCACAGAAAGAAACUGAACUUGUAAACUCAUUCCUAUUGAAAAUGUUUAACUUGAACUAUAAAGCAAGAGAAACUCACAUAAAACACAGAGAAGAUCAACAAACACCUGCAAACUACAACCCUGAAGUUGACUUUGAUAUUCAUGUGAUGGAUGUUCAGAUGGCUGUGUUUCAUUGUGCUGAUAGUUUCCUAAAGCAGCUGAUGGUCACUAAACUCUCACAGUGUCAGUUUGCUCUUCCUCUGCUUGUUCCUCAUCCAUUCACACAACAGAUUGAGUUUCCUCUCUGGACAUUCAGACAAAUCAACAAGAGCUGGAAGAUGAGACAUAAUGACAAUGAGAUCAUCAGUAAAGUCCAGCCUGUGUACAAAGCAGAAUCUCCAAUGGUGUCGUUCUUCAGGUUUGGCUCUUUGUCUUCAUCAAAGUCUCAGCUGAUAAACAGUUUGAUCAAUGAGAAACACAACACGUUCUUCCACAGAAACUGCUCAGGAAGCAGCAGAACCAGACUACUGAUGGAUGGAGUGGUGGAGAUCGCCUGGUACUGUCCAUCUGGAAAAAACACAGAUACAUUUACUGACUGUGUUGCCUUCUGUAAUCUUCAUGGUGAUGCGGGAUACAAUGAGAAACAAUAUGAGAUUUUAACCAGUAUGUCUUCAGUCAAUGUCCUCUUCUUAUCUGAUUUUGGACAAAAGAACCAGUAUAAGAGUUUAGUGAAGUCACUCUUCAGAUCUCCUCAGCCUCUUAUUUGUCUGCUCACAGACAAUGAUUGUAAUAAAACUAAACUGACAGAUGGAAAAUUCAUUAUCGGUCUAUUGAACAAAAAUCAAUCUGAUCUAUAUAAUGAUAUAAGAGAGACAAUCAGAUUGAGUUUAAAAGAGCACAAGAAGACUUUUAAACGGGAAGAUCUGGCCAAACAAACAGGAGUUCAAGUAGAUGAGAAUAAUGAAGAGUGUCAAAGAGGAAAAGAGGCGGCACUACAGAUGAUGACAUCACUAGAUGAUGAAGAUCCAUCAUCAGUUAAAGAAACAAAUCUGCCCCGUCAGGGGAAACUGUGGCAUGACUGGUGUAAAAUAAACAAAGAACUUCGUCAUCUAAGAGGAGAAAAUCUAGAAGAAGAUAAAAGCACCAAACUGAAACUGAUGAGAGAAAUAAGAGAAAAACAAGUAGAACUAGAAUCAACUGACUUCAUGAGGAUAUUUUCUGAAGCACUGCGAUCACUGCGAAAAUACGAGAAAAAGUAUUUCCUGACAUGGGUGAUAAAUCUGUUAUAUGACUUCACUUCUAAAAAGCUUUGUGAACUUCAUAAGGAGUAUGAUGUGACAUGGAAUGAAGUUUCUGCUUUGAUAAAGAUGCCCAAUAAUCCAGACCAACUGCAGAUUAAACAAACAGAGCUAGAGAAAAUAUCAGAACAAAUCAAUAAAUCAACCUUUGGCUUGGAGCACAUUGUGAGAGAGGUUGGUCAGAUCUAUGAAUUAUGGUCAUCUGUAAAGAUAAACUUUUUCUCUGAUCUACCAAGUCUUGCAGCAGAGAUGAUGAUCUCUGGGUUUCCACUGGAGCUGAUGGAUGGAGAUGCUGCUCAUGUUCCUCUCAUCUGGAUUAAAGCAGUUUUUGAUAAACUUAUCCAGAAUCUGGGAGAUCAAAGAGUUUUUGUGCUGUCAGUUUUAGGGAUUCAGAGCUCUGGUAAAUCCACUUUACUCAAUGCCAUGUUUGGUCUUCAGUUUUCUGUCAGUGCUGGUCGAUGCACCAGAGGAGCUUUCAUGCAGCUGAUCAGAGUAUCAGAGGAGAUGAAACAACAGCUGAAGUUUGAUUUUAUUCUGGUUGUUGAUACUGAGGGUCUUCGUGCACCAGAACUGGGAGGAAGAUCCUCAAGAAAUCAUGAUAAUGAAUUGGCCACAUUUGUUGUUGGUCUUGGAAAUCUGACAUUGAUCAACAUCUUUGGAGAAAACCCAUCUGAGAUGCAAGAUAUUCUCCAGAUUGUUGUCCAGGCCUUCAUGAGGAUGAAGAAGGUCCAUCUGAAUCCCAGCUGUAUGUUUGUACAUCAGAAUGUUUCAGACGUCACAGCUGGAGAUAAAAACAUGGAGGGAAGAAGACGACUGCAGGAGACGCUAGAUGAGAUGACAAAACUCGCUGCUAAAGAAGAAGUCUGUGAUGCAGGAAAUUUCAGUGAUGUCAUUGCAUUUGAUGUACAGAAAGAUGUGAAAUAUUUUCCUCAGCUGUGGGAGGGAAGCCCACCAAUGGCGCCACCAAACCCAAACUACUGUGAGAAUGUUCUGGAUCUGAAAAAAUCUAUUUUAACACAUGCUUCAGAAUCAAAUGGCAUAAUGCUGACAGACCUAAGAGGACGUAUUGAAGAUCUCUGGGAGGCUUUGCUGAAUGAACAGUUUGUGUUCAGCUUCAGAAAUUCACUGGAAAUCGCAACUUACAGGAGAUUAGAGACAGAAUACAGCAAGUGGAGCUGGAGUCUUCGAAGUGCAAUGCUGCAUAUUGAAAACAAACUACACAACAGAAUUGAAAAUGAAGCAGUUCAUGAGGUUGAGGAUUCUUAUCUUCAAAGAGAACUUCAUGAAAAAAGUGAAGAAGUGAAAAAGUCAAUGUCUGGAUUCUUUGAGAAAGACAUAGAUACUGAAAUACUGAAUCAGUGGAAAACUUCAUUUGAAAUAAAAAUCAAAGAGGUUCAAGAAAACAUUGUGAGGGAGACAAAGAAGAAAUUAAAUCAGGUUCUUCAGCAGCGAGACUUGAAGAAAAAGAUUGAUGCUCAGAAGACACAAAAUGAAAACAGUCUGUUUGAAAAGAGCAAAGAACUUGCCAUGAAACUAAAAGACAAAGCAAAUGAUGAAAAGAUCAUGAAAAAAGACUUUGAUUCCUUUUGGGAAAAACAGAUGGAAGAGAUCAUCAUAAACACUCCUCCAGUUAAUAACAUUGACAUAUUAAAAGAUGUGACAGAUCUCCUCAGAAACAUCCAUCAAAGUCUUCCUGUAGACUAUAAGAAAAUCAGCAGUGAGUACAUUGAUAUGCUCUCUGUGCCAAACUAUUCAGAUUAUGUAAAGUUACAGAAAACCAGUGGAGUUAUGGGAACUUUAAAAAAAGCAGUUAAAGAGACAUUUGGUCUUGCUGUUUUAUCUCCAGAGGAUGAAGUUCAGAUAAGAACUUUAAUCAGUGAAAUUGCUGAGCAGACAAAUAUAAUGAUUAAGUCAUAUAACAUUGCAAAGAUGGGCUACAACAUCAGCUACAUUCAACAACUCAUAGAUUACAUAAAGAAAAAAAUAUCAGAUCAUGAAGAAAAGCCAAAAGUGAAAUAUGUGUUCAAGAGAGAAUUCUUCAGGGAUUUGGUAGUUUGCAUUUUUCACAGAGCAAACAAGUCAUUGACUGAUCAACACAAAUUAUACAGAGAAGCAAAUGAUCCUGUUCUGUAUUUUAAAAUGAAAAGAGAAGAGUACUUUAGGAUUUUCCAGAAAUACUGUCAAGGAGCUGCCAUUACUGCUGAAUUUAUUUGUAAUAAACUUAAAGAGACCAUUGAGCAGAAUGUCUACAAAAAAACUGCCAGAGAUUUAGCAGAUGAAUUGAAGACAAACUGUGAAUCACUGAAUGGAAACAGAUCAAAUGUGGAGAAACACAUCCUGAAGAGGCUUGCAAAUGAAGAUGAUUUUCAAGCAUACAUGAACUACAUUAAGAAUCCCAGAGAUCACUUUAAAGAUUUCAUCAGAGGUGAAGUCAGUCAGUACAUCACUGAAAGAUUCAAUGAUAGUGUUCAACCUAAGAUGAAAACUAACAUUACACAGCUGGAGCAGAAGAUCAUAAACGCAGCAGAUGAGUCCACCAAACACAUUCAAGAGAUCAAUGGAGAUCUUCAUUCAUGGUUGACUCAUUUCACACAUCUGCUGUCUGAUGUUCUGGUUUUCUCUGUAAGUGACCUCAUUGGAGUGAAUUUUACUGAUGUUGAUAUCAUUAUCUUAAAGGAUGUGAUAAUAAAAGAGAUUCCUGCUGUAAUAUCUGACAUACGCAGCAGAUUCACCACAUCUCGACUGAUCCUGAACAACACAUUUAGAACUUCAGAGAUUCUGAUUGAUCAUUUCUGUCAGUGUUGUUGGGUUCAAUGUCCUUUCUGUGCUGCCAUCUGCACCAACACCAUAGAAAACCAUGAUAGAGAUCACAGUGUCCCUUUCCAUCGUAAUAAUGGACUGAAUGGGUGGCAUUACAUAGACACAACAAACCUGUCUAUCAAUAUCUGCACAUCAGCAGUAGCCAGUAAUCAAUCAUUUCGUGUGUCAGAUCUUUCAUUCCCAUUUAAGGAAUACAGAAAAGCAGGUCCUGAAUAUGCUCAGUGGAGCAUCACCCCUGAUCUCUCUGAGCUGCCGUACUGGAAAUGGUUUGUUUGCUACUUUCAGAAGAAUCUGGAAGAGUACUACAAGAAAACCUAUGAGGGGAGCGGCAAAAUUCCAGAUGAAUGGAGAAAAUACUCAAAAGAGGAAGCUAUUGAGAGUUUGGAUAAAUACAUUUAAUAAAACAUACAAAUAUUGAGGACCGUGAUACAUAUGACAGUUGGAAAUAAAUUUAUGUAAAAUGUACAAAAUUAAAUAUAGCCACAAAACACUUACAUGAAAGGAAAAUUAAAUGAAAUGAUUUCACUGAUCUAUACUUAUA